AUGUUGGGGUACAAGUCAAUCGUUGCGGCGCUUGCGCUGCUCGGGGGCGUCAUGGCGCAGAAUCCCGUCAAGAUCAUGGCCCUCGGCGACUCUAUUACCGGUAGCCCUGGCUGCUGGCGCGCCCUCCUCUGGCAGAAGCUCCAAGCGGCGUCCAUCACCCAAACCGACUUUGUCGGCACACUGGCCGGACAAGGGUGCGGGUUCGCCUACGACGGGGAGAACGAGGGUCACGGAGGUUUCCUAGCCACCAACAUUGCGUCUCAGGGCCUCCUUCGGGGCUGGUUGAGCUCCACGAACCCGGACGUGGUCAUGAUGCACCUGGGCACCAACGACGUGUGGAGCAACAUCUCGCCGGCGGUGAUCCUGGCCUCGUUUGAGACGUUGCUGGGGGAUAUGAGGGCGAAUAACCCGUCGAUGAAGAUUUUGGUUGCUCAAAUCAUUCCCAUGGCGCCUUCCGGCUGCGCCGAGUGCGGCGCCCGCGUCGUGGCCUUCAACGCCGCCAUUGAGGCGUGGGCCCCUACCGUCUCGUCGGCCGCGAGCCCCGUCACCGUCGUCGACUGCUUCACCGGCUUCAACACCGCCACCAUGACGGGCGACGGCGUGCACCCCAACGAGCUCGGGAACCAGGCCCUGGCGACGAGUUGGUUCGAGCCGCUGGCCGAUGUGAUCCAGGGUGUUUUGAACAAGUGUAAGAAGAAGCGGGCGGAGGAGGCGGCCCUCGAAUAG